UCUACAUCUGCUUCAAUAGUUGUGCAUAUCCCACAUGCAACCCUGUAUGUUGUUGGAGAUCUAAGCAGGGAAGAAGCCGAAGAAUAUUUUGAAAAGCAUGUUCUUCCUCGAUAUGAUAUGUCUUCCUGGACCCAUGUAUUCAUGCGCACUGAGGGCUCACAUAAUAUUUAUUAUUCAAAAAAGAAUGCAAUGAACUCGAAGGCAAAUUUGACCGCGUCUGCAGAAUAA